UUUUUUCCCAUUCACAUUCCACCAUCUCCACUAAUUCCAUCACUUUUUUCCUAUCUUUUUUCCAACCCCAUGUCUAAAUUCAAUAAUAAUUCAUCUACUAGUAAUUCAUACUCACUUCUCUAUUUCUAAAAAAAAAUAAAAAUAUAUCACUGCACUAUUUUCAGAGAGCCAAAAAUUCACCAUGUUUGUUUUUCCUACCUCACAUUUCUUGAUUUUCAUCAGCUUCUUUUUAUACUAUACAGUGUUUGUAUCAUCACAAAACUGCAGUUUUGAUUUGCAAUCUUUUACACUUAGAAAUUUCACACUUCUUGGUGAUUCAUAUCUACGUAAUGGUGUUGUUGGUCUUACUAGAGAGCUUCAAGUUCCAUCAUCAAGUUCAGGUUCACUCAUUUACAACAACCCCAUCUCAUUUUUUGAUCAAGAAACCAAGAAAACAGUGUCAUUUUCAACAAGAUUUGCUUUUUCUGUUAAUAACAUUAACCCCACUUCAUUUGGUGAUGGUUUGGCUUUUUUUCUUUCACCUGAUAAUCAAACUUUAGGUAGUCCAGGUGGAUUUUUGGGUUUGGUUAAUUCUUCACAGUUAACUAAGAACAAGUUUGUUGCUAUUGAGUUUGAUACUAGGCAAGAUUUGCAUUUUAAUGAUCCUGAUGAUAACCAUGUUGGUCUUGAUAUUGAUAGUCUUAUUUCAAUCAAGACUGCAAAUGUGAAGUUAGCUGGUGUUGAUUUAAAAAGUAGGAAUAUAAUUAGUUCUUGGAUUGAUUACAAGAGUGAAGAGAGGAAAUUGUUAGUGUUCUUGAGUUACUCAAGUUCAAAGCCUAAAAAACCAAUCUUGAAUGUUGAUAUUGACUUGUCUGAUUACCUAAAAGAGUUUAUGUAUGUGGGGUUUGCUGCUUCUACUGAGGGAAGUACUGAAUUGCAUUGUAUUGAGAAUUGGAGUUUUCAAACUUUUGGAUUUAGCCCUAUGAGUCCAAGGAAAAAACAUAAUCCACAUAAUGUUUCUGAUAAUUCUGUGCUUGUGAACCCGAAAAUUCAAGAUUCUAGCCAUGAUAAGCAUCAUAAGAGGUUAGGUUUGGGUCUUGGAAUUGCUGGUCCAGCUUUCUUCUGUGCUGUUUUAGUAGCUUUUGGUUGGAUUUCUUUCAAGAAAUGGAGGGGACUUAACACAGAGAAGAAUUUUAAAGCGGAGCUUGUUACUGGACCGAGGCAGUUUAGUUACAAGGAGUUGAGGUCAGCUACAAGAGGAUUUCAUUCCAGUAGGAUUAUUGGAAAUGGCGCAUUUGGUACUGUUUACAAAGCGUUUUUCAUGGAUUCGAGUUCUAUUGCUGCAGUGAAAAGAUCUAAGCAUAGUCACGAGAGUAAAACUGAGUUUGGUGCUGAGCUGUCGAUCAUAGCGUGUUUAAGGCACAAGAAUUUAGUUCAGUUACAAGGGUGGUGCAUUGAGAAGGGAGAAUUACUUCUUGUAUAUGACUAUAUGCCUAAUGGGAGUCUUGAUAAGGUGCUAUACCAGGAAUCCGAGCAUGGUAAUCCGCUGAAAUGGCCUUACAGGUACAAUAUAGCAGUUGGGUUGGCGUCUGUUCUGACUUAUUUGCAUCAAGAAUGUGAGCAGCAGGUGAUUCACAGAGACAUAAAAGCCAGCAAUAUUAUGCUUGAUGGGAGCUACAAUGCGAGGCUUGGCGAUUUCGGGCUGGCAAGACUUAUGGAUCAUGACAAGAGUCCUGUCUCGACGCUUACAGCUGGAACGAUGGGAUACCUUGCUCCUGAGUACCUUCAGUAUGGAAAAGCAACCGAGAAAACCGAUGUUUUUAGCUAUGGUGUGGUUAUACUAGAAUUGGCUUGUGGGAGGAGACCAAUUGAGGAUGGUCAUGAAAUGGUGAAUUUGGUUGAUUGGGUUUGGAGACUGUACUCUGAAAGUAGGAUAAUUGAAGCAGCGGACAAAAGGCUUAACGGUGACUUCAAAGAGGAAGAGAUGAAAAAGCUGCUACUUGUUGGAUUAAGCUGUGCAAAUCCUGAUAGCAAUGAAAGGCCUUGUAUGAGGAGAGUAUUUCAGAUACUCAACAAUGAGGCAGAGCCUAUAUUUGUUCCGAAAGUGAAACCGACUCUAACCUUCUCCACCAGUAUCCCACUCAGUAUUGAUGACAUCUUCUCAGACAGCGAAGAAAGUGAGGCACCAGAAGAUGAGUUCGAAAUCAGAGUAGAUCUAUUGAAGUAAUAGUCUUGUGAAUUUUCUGCACUAUGUAUAGCUAGAAAUUCUUUCAUUUUUUUGUUGUGCAAUUUUAGUGUGAGCUGAUAUACUGUAGUUUUUGACUAUGUUUGAAAUGAAGAAAGUUUACUACCCUGAGUUCAAAGCAUAUAUUGAACUCUAUGCUAUUGUCUGCUGUCCUGAACAUUUCAAGGUUGUUCAAUCUAAUACGAUUAACAUGUCAUUUGUUUCA